AUAUGGCAAUCUGCUCUAAGCACCCUGAAUCCCAACCCCACCGACAGCUGUCCUCUCUACCUGAAUUACGCCACUGUAGCUGCUUUGCCUUCCAGGGUCAGCCGGCACAACAGUCCAUCUGCAGCUCAGUUCAUCACCCGCCUGGUUAGAAAUUGCCUCCCAGGAGGUGUCAACAGAUGUAUUGUUAUGGUGUGCGAGCGGUCUGAAGUCUUCGCUUCUGCCUGUGCGCUGGCCAGGGCUUUCCCGCUGUUCACGCAUCGGUCCAGUGCGUCAAGGCGCACAGAGAAGAAAACUGUAACGGUAGAGUUUUUCCUGGUUGGACAAAACAAUGGACCAAUAGAAGUGGCAACACUUAAAUGUCUGGCAAGUGCUGCAGAAGGAGUCAGACUGGCUGCUCGCAUCGUGGACACGCCGUGCAAUGAGAUGAACACAGAUAACUUCCUGGAGGAAAUCAAAAAAGUUGGCAAGGAUCUUGGGAUUACUCCUACCAUUAUUCGAGAUGAGGAACUGAAAGAGAGAGGCUUUGGAGGUAUCUACGGAGUUGGCAAGGCAGCUCUUCAUCCUCCAGCCCUAGCAGUUCUCAGUCACACUCCAGAUGGUGCUACACAGACCAUUGCAUGGGUGGGCAAAGGUAUUGUGUAUGACACCGGAGGGCUCAGCAUUAAGGGAAAGACUACUAUGCCUGGAAUGAAACGAGACUGUGGUGGAGCAGCUGCUAUUUUGGGUGCCUUCAAAGCCACUGUGAAGCAAGGUUUUAAAGACAAUCUUCAUGCUGUUUUUUGUUUGGCCGAGAAUGCAGUCGGACCACGCGCAACAAGACCUGAUGACAUUCAUGUUCUUUACUCUGGAAAAACUGUGGAAAUCAAUAACACUGAUGCGGAAGGUAGACUGAUACUGGCUGAUGGAGUAGCUUACGCGUGCAAAGAUCUUGGAGCUGAUAUCAUUCUGGAUAUGGCCACUCUCACAGGAGCUCAGGGAAUUGCUACAGGAAAGUAUCAUGCUGCUGUCCUUACCAAUAAUGAAGAGUGGGAAAAGGCUUGUGUUAAAGCUGGCAGGAACUGUGGAGACUUGGUCCAUCCUCUUGUGUAUUGCCCCGAGCUCCACUUCAGUGAAUUUACCUCUGCUGUAGCUGAUAUGAAGAACUCUGUGGCAGACCGAGACAAUACUCCAAGCUCCUGCGCUGGGCUUUUCAUUGCUUCUCACAUUGGCUUUGACUGGCCUGGAGUCUGGGUCCAUAUAGACAUCGCUGCACCAGUUCAUGCAGGUGAACGAGCGACUGGCUAUGGCGUGGCUUUGCUGCUGUCCCUGUUUGGAGGGGCAUCUGAAGACCCUUUGCUAAACCUGGUGUCCCCUCUGGGGUGCAAUGGAGACUCUCCU